AUGGCGGUACGGACGCUGUGUAUUGGCCCUUUUUGUGUAGUAUUCUUCAGCUUCAAACCCACUCAAUGUGAGCCAUUUCAAGCGCCAAGUUAUACCAUUGACCUCGAUCUUGCUCCAGAAGAAAGAUGGCUCAAUAUUACCCAGAAAUACCUGAAAUACACUCCGAAGAUUUUAGCAAAUCUGCGAAAGAAGAUUCCACCGUUUGCAAUACCGCUUGCAGAAAAGCUUGCUGUUGUAAUUGAUAAACAUUUCCCCGAGGAGUAUAAUAAAGAGAUGAUGGGUAUAUCAAAGGGACUUAAUCUAAGCUUUUCAGACACAAUACUUCUCAACAUUUUAUACGACGUAACAGCUUUUUGCACGAGUAUCGUUACACAAGACAAGGAUGGAAGUGUUUUUCACGGAAGAAACCUGGAUUACUCUUUUACAGAUACGCUGCGGGAUAUAACUUUCAUAUCCAACUUUCAAAGGAAAGGUAAGGUGGUGUACACUGGUGUAACAUUUGCUGGCCAGGUUGGUCUUUUGACAGCACAGCGACCGAACAGUCUCACAAUCAGUCUGGAUGAGAGGGACCGUGGCCACAUAUGGGAUAAUGUCUUUGAAGCUAUCUUUAAUAAAAAUGCAAUUCCUGUUACAUUUCUGAUUCGAGAUGUGGUCAGCACAGAAGGAAUGGACUUUUCUCAAGCUGUGAAGAAAGUAUCUCAAGUGUCCUUGAUAGCAGCUAGCUAUCUUAUUUUAGGAGGAGUUAAAGUUGGGGAAGGUGCUGUGGUAACACGAGGCAGAGAAAAAACAGCUGACAUCUGGAGGCUGAGUCAAGAUGCAGCAAAGGAACCGUGGUACCUUGUAGAGACCAAUUAUGACCAUUGGACCACACCCCCUCCAUCAGAUGAUCGCCGUGACCCGGCUGAGAAGGCAUUGAAAAAGUUGACUCAGGCAAAGCUCACCCCUGAUGCACUGUUCAGUGUCAUGUCCAUCCAUCCUGUACUGAAUAAUAAGACUGUCUACACAACUAUUAUGCAGGCAAAAAAUGCUGAUCUAUUCAAUACUUGGAUUCAGACGCCAUAAGAUAACAAUCUUGUAUUCCUUGGUGAGCCACUUAUUUUCUUGGAGAUAAUUCAAGCUUAACCCUUUACCAUUGAUCCUAACAUUGGUAUGCAUAUUCUUGAUACUGUUCUCUAUACAUUUCUACAUUACCUACAAGGAGAGUUUGUUUGAAAAUCAAGAGCAUCUUUUGUUGGUGAUCAUCUCCUUCAUUCUCAUGACCUUAAUGUUUGAUUCACGGGUGAUAUUGUAAGGAAAAAUUAGAUGCCAGUCACUCUUAGGGAUUAAAGGAUUAACCCUUAAGCUCCCAUGAGUGAUGACCAAAACAGAAUUUCUCCUUACAAUAUCAAUACAAUUGUGAAUUGUUAGUUGAUCAAACACCAAAUUAUCUGAAGUAACAUCAUAACAAUUGUGUGACAGAUAGUAGGGAGAAUUUCUAGUUACAUAUUGGAAUGGUCAGUUGCAAACUAGGAAAAGUAUGCAUUGUUUUGCAUGUAAUUGUGAAAAAAGAGAAGAAAACAGAGUGCUAAAGAAACUAAAUUUUUGAGACAAAUUGGAUCACAUGAAUGUUAAGAAAAAUGAAGCAAGCAUUUUUUGCAACUUAUUUUCAACAUAACAAAAAGAAUGGAAAAAAUCGUUUUUUAAGUAACACUGAAGGUAGCUUCAACAGUAUGGAUAACACAACUUUAACAAUUAUAACGUAAUAUAUGUUUCAGUUUCGUAUUGAAAUUUUUUAUCGUCUUUUUUAUAUCAAUAUUUUAUGAUGAAUAGUAACGACUGGUUAAGUCUGCAUAAUAACUGAGUUAAGCACUACUCGAGAGUUAAGGAACUGGAUGUGGUUGGGAGAAAAUCAAGAAAAUUGACUGUUAAUUUUUUUUCCAGAGAAUGGCGAAGUCAGAAAUAAAUUAUUGUUAGUGGAA